AUCUACUGAUAACGGUUCUGCCCAAUCGGCAUGGUGGUGGAUCCAAAAUCCCGGGCCGUUACCGAAGGUUUUGGUUACUGCUGUCGGGGAAACGGAAUGAGGGGUGUGACAACCACACGUCAGCCUCCAUAUGGGGAUCUGGGGGGUUGUGGAGGGGCGCUAUGGUCUCACAACCGAGGAUCAGAGUACUCGAUGCGAACGACCGAUGAAACUAGAUAUGCUGAUUUAAGUUCCAAGAUUAUCCCAUUGUCCCAUUCUCUCCCCCUUCUUCCCGAAUCCGUUGAGGUCAAAAGUGUAUGCUAUUGGUUGUCAAGUGACUACCCAGUGAGGCAGUCUUCCAAGUUCGGACAAGAUGGAUCACCCACAAGACGAAGUCCAACACCACUCGCUCAGUGACCCGGAGGGUUUCUGGGCCCACCAAGCCGAGCACUUGUACUGGCAUAAGAAGCCGUCCGCGGUCCUCUCGCGGAGGGCGAAGACGCUGAAGAGCGGUGAGACCCACGACCACUGGGAGUGGUUCCCAGAUGGCGAGAUAUCGACCUGCUACAACUGCGUCGACCGCCAUGUCCACGCCGGCCACGGCGACCUGCCCGCCAUCCUGUACGACAGCCCCGUCACCAAAACCAAGCAGAGGAUCACGUACAAGCAGCUCCUCGACGAGGUCGAGACCUUCGCCGGCGUCCUCCGCCAAGAGGGCGUCAAAAAGGGGGAUGUGGUCCUCGUCUACAUGCCCAUGGUCCCCGCCGCGCUGAUCGGCAUCCUCGCCGUCAACCGGCUCGGGGCGAUCCACGCCGUCGUCUUCGGCGGCUUCGCGGCCGGCGCGCUGGCGCAGCGCAUCGAGGCGUCGCGGCCGGCGGCCAUCCUGACGGCGUCGUGCGGCAUCGACGGCGGCAAGCCGCCCAUCCCGUACCGCGACCUCGUCGCCGAGGCCGUCCGCCUCAGCCCCUGGAAGCCCCCACGCACCGUCAUCUGGCAGCGCGAGCAGCUCGGCUGGCACCCGAUCCGCAAGACCGAGGGCGAGCGCAGCUGGCAGAACCUGGUCAAGAGCGCGAGGGCGAGGGGCGUCAAGGCCGACUGUGUCCCCGUUAGGUCGACUGACGGCAUCUACAUCAUUUAUACGAGCGGCACGACGGGCCUGCCGAAGGGGGUGGUGAGGGAUAGCGGCGGGCAUGCCGUGGGGUUGCAUCUGUCCAUCAGCUAUUUGUUUGGUAUCCACGGGCCGGGCGACGUGAUGGGCUGCUUCAGCGAUAUCGGCUGGGUAGUCUCCCACAGCUACACGCUCUACGGGCCGCUGUUGACCGGUGCCGCCACCGUCCUCUACGAGGGUAAGCCGGUCGGGACACCCGACGCCUCCGCGUUCUGGAGGCUCAUCGAGGAGUACAAGAUCAACACCAUGUUCACGGCGCCGACGGCUCUGAGAGCCAUCCGCAAAGACGACCCGGAGAACAAGGCGCUUGCGGCGGUAGCGGAACGCGGGGGGCUCAAAAGCCUGAAGGCCAUCUUUCUGGCUGGCGAGAGGUCCGAGCCCGCCAUAAUAACCAUGUACCAGGAUCUCCUGAAGAAGUACGCCGCCGAGAACGCACACGUCAUCGACAACUGGUGGUCUUCUGAGUCCGGCUCGCCCAUCUCGGGCAUCGCCCUGGUACCGCACGCGGGCAAGGACCGGAAGACAAGCCAGAAGGGGCAUCCGCCCUUGGAGAUCAGACCCGGCAGCGCGGGCAAGGCCAUGCCGGGCUUCGACGUGCGGGCCGUCGAUGAUGACGGCAACGAGGUACCCAGGGGCAAGAUGGGCAACAUCGUGCUGGCCGCGCCCCUGGCCCCGACGGCGUUCCGCACGCUCUGGGAGGACGAGGAACGCUUCUACAAGGGAUACCUGCGGCGCUUCGGUGGCAGGUGGGUGGAUACCGGCGAUGCUGGCUUUGUCGAUGAGAAGGGGUAUAUCCAUAUUAUGGCACGGUCUGAUGAUAUCAUCAACGUCGCAGCGCAUCGACUGAGUACCGGUACCCUUGAGCAAGCGAUAACAAGCCACCCGGAGGUCACAGAGGCGUGCGUGGUAGGCAUCCCCGACGCCCUCAAGGGCCAGAUGCCGUUCGCGUUCGUCGGGGCGGGCGGCGACGUGUCGGACGAGCGGCUCCUGGCCGAGAUACAGGGACUCGUGCGCGGGCAGGUCGGGGCGAUCGCGACGCUGGGGGGCAUGAUCCGCGGGCCCGGCAUGAUCCCCAAGACGCGGUCGGGCAAGACGCUGCGCCGGGUGCUGCGCGAGCUGCUCGAGAACGCCGUCAACGGCGAGUUCGACAAGCCCGUCAACGUGCCCUCCACCGUCGAGGACGCCUCCGUGGCGGACGUGGCGAGGGAGAGGGUCAGGGCAUACUUUGCCGAGAGGGGAGACCGGCAUAGGUCGAUCGAGGCGAAGGCUAAGCUGUGAGGGGGAGGGGCCGCCCUGUUGUCUUUGUGGAAAUGCGAUGUACCUCUUGGGUGUUUUAUGAAGCAAUACUCCGACAGGAUGAUUAGUGUAGUCGUGAGGCUAGGAAUCUGGA